AUGGUUUUAUUUCAAUCUCAGUCGUGAGGACUGUGUUUAUACAAAUGGCUUCAACGAAUCAGCUUUCUAAAGUGUUGUCGGAUGAGGCGCGGAAUCUCAUGUGCGGGAUAUGCUCGGAAUACCCGGAAGAGCCAAAAGAGCUUCCGUGCGGCCACCAUUUCUGUCUCCCCUGCCUUCAGAUCCACUGUCUGUCCGUCGCCGACCCUGAGCGUCCGUACUUCCCAUGCCCCGAAUGUGGGAAGAACGUCAUCAUCCAAGACCCCACCACACCAGUGCUGGACUGGGUCCAUCAUAUUCCAACGAAUAAGACUAAACAGAAACAGCUGGAGAGGCUUACAGCUCUGGCAAAGGAGAAACGCCGCCAGUCCCUGAUAUGCUCGUUCUGUAAUACCAAAUGGAAGAAUGCCUUGGCGACGAAGUAUUGCAAAGCUUGUCAGGAGUACUUCUGUGACGAGUGCGGUAACCAACAUUGGUUGCUACGGGCAACGAAAGAACACCGAGUGUGGUUGGUUGACGACCUACAUACUCUUAAAACGGACUCCCUGUUAAGAUCUUCACUGACGUUACUUUUCAACGCGAAGUGGAAGGGGAGAAAGUUGGAUAAGAAUGCGAAACAUAACAACCAGCCAAAGGUUAUAUCUGAAAGUGAAUCGGAUGAGUUUGAUAUAGAUAUAACUGGUGUGGGAUUUAUCAAUAAUUCACAUAUCAUCAUGGCUGACCGAAUGAACGAACGGGUGAAGUUGUUUGAUCAUAAUUAUGUUCUGAAAAAUUCCAUCAGAAUGAAAUGCUUUGAUCUACUAGUUUUAGAGGAUAACCAUGUAGUUGUGACCUGCCCGCUGGACGAAAAUAUCAAAUAUAUUCAUGUCUCAGGAAACAAACUUCAUGAAACGAGUACACUUGAUAUUAACAAUGAAUGCUAUGGAUUAUGUUACAUGCACAAUAACAUGUACGCUGUGAUUGUUGCAACUGAUCCAAUUAGUAUAUUGGUAAUAAAAAACAAUAAUAGGUUUAAAACCAUCGAGCUUGCCACAGGAAAGAUAACUAUGAAGACGCCAAGAUAUAUUGAUUAUUUCCUGGAAAACAAAACGUUCGUAUUAACUGACACAAUACAUCAAUGUGUCAAGAAUGUAUCCGCUUCCGGUGAAGUAUUAUGGGAGAGGAAAGUACCCGGAUGUAAAGGAGUGGCGUUUUUUGGGAAUCACGUUCUUAUCGCGCGCAGUGAUCGCGCUACAGUGGAUCUUAUGAGUAGCAAAGGACAGUUUCUAAAAUCGAUUGUCCGUUUAGACGAUGGUUUAGCGGAAGUGCAAGCGAUUCGCAUCAAUGCUUAUUUUGACAGCACGGCUGUAACAAGCUUAAUAGUUAGUGAAAAUACUAAUCUAGUCAGAAUAUUUCGGGUGGAGGAUCCACUAAAAGACGAAGACUUGAUUGCAUACAUCAUGCCCGGCCCUCCUCUGUCUGUGGCUAGCGGUUCAAGCCCAGAUUCUUCAGCGAAAAGCCCAGUGUGUAGUAUAUUGUAACGAUAACCAUGGCAAAAGUUUCCAAAAAAUACCAGCAAAAAGAAUUGAACAAUAUUAUGAGCAGGCGUGAUAGGCUGUGGACAUGAAACAUUUUGACUUAAUUGAUAAGGUAUAACUUUAAAAGUACAUCUAAACGUAUCGCACCACUUGUUCUGCUAUAAGACUAAGCCAGUGGCUUAGUGGUGCGAGUAAGCCUUUAAACAAUAUGAAUUAACUACUUAGUCUAAUAGAAAUGCAUAAUUUCCACGAAUUUGGCCCAUAUUUUCCUCAGUCCGACGUGCUUUCGUACUUUGUUCAUGUAUAUUCAAUGGCCAAAAUACAUUUAGGAAUCAAAGGUAAGGAAUAUAUUUGUUCCCAAUUUAUUUCAGAAAAUAUUAAUCCUCAGCGGUUAAUAAAUGUUAAUAAACGAAGUUGACUAAUAUCUUCUAAAAUGUCA